AUGUCGUUUCGCGGCCUCCCCAUCGAGAUGCUAUUCAACGUCGCCGGAUAUCUUACUUCCGUGGCAGACAUAUUCUCGCUUUCCAUCUUGACAAGGCGCUCCUAUGCUGCGUUAAAGUUUUAUCUCUACGAAUAUGAUGCGAAGAGUCUCCAGCCGCGCGCUUUGCUGUGGGCUGCGGCCUAUGGCAACCAGAAGAUGCUGGAGAAUGCCCUUGGCGCUCGCACAGACGUCGACACCCAGUUCACAGCAUCUUUCCCGUUCAAAAAGGGAAAUGACAAGCACGCAGCGGUUCUGCAGGUCGUCGAGCCUGGUGAUUCUCAUGUGCAUCCUCCCAGGUGGCUGGCGACCGCAUUAGCCGCGGCAGCGGCAGAGUCGUAUACAAUUCAGGGCGGUUUGGCAGCGGCGUCAGUCGGUCAUACGGCAAUUUUGGCAGCGGCGAGAGCCGGUCACGCAGCGAUUGUCGAACGCUUACUGGCCGCCGGCGCAAACCCUCGGGGCAUGGACGGAACAGGCCGCAAUGCCCUGCACUGUGCCGCCGCUGGAGAUCAUAUAGAAAUCAUUAAGCUUCUUCUGGAGAAGUAUCCGUCUUUGCUUUAUGAUUACGACCACGACGGGGAAUAUAACAGGGUACAGCGGCUCCCUUUAGAAUAUGGGGCUAAGGAGAAAUCCGUCUUCCGAUUGCUGCUGGAAGCUAUGGAUCCCUUGAUGUAUUCCUUGGGCCUCCUGCUGGCCGCCUCUUAUGGCCAUGAUGAUAUUUUUGAUUGGCUUAAAGAACGUGCACCCAUUCGCAUUACUAGCAUUCGCUUGUUAUUGCGUGCGUGCCAAGGCAACACGGAAGGCCACCUCAGAUUGACGCGUUCCCUCCUUGAAGACGGGGUGAAGGCACCUCUUGAUGCCGUCGACAGCUGCAAGCUACUCUACAUCAUAUGUUCGAAGAAUCGGUCUAGGACUGCAGAAUUCGUCAAGCUGUUGUUAGAACACGGCGCUGACGCAACCGGCCAUUUUAAAGACAAUGGCGGUCUACACACACCCCUCAUCGGGGCAGGCCGACACAGCAACAUCAAGGUCAUGAAUCUACUGCUCGAAAACGUAGAAAGACCGAUUGAGGUGUAUAAUGAGGCUCUUGUUCAGCUAAUCCGACAGAGUAUCUGUUGGAGCCAGAAAAGCGAAGGGUUCCGGUUGAUACGCGACAAAUUUCCAUUCACGAUUCCCGGUAUGGAAGCAACCGCAAUGCUUUUGCACGCCUCGUGGCACAACAACUACAAGCUAGCCGAGGUGCUUAUCAAGCUUGGUGUCGAUGUGAACGCUUCUCAUCCAACGGUCAAUCCAUCAGGUGCUCUCCAUCCAAGCGAAAUUCCAUCAGGUGCUCUCCAAUCAGCCUGGUCGCGUGGUAGCGUGGAAACCAUCAAGCUGCUUCUUGCUGCUGGUGCAGACCCCAACGCGGUAAACCGUCACGGGUUUCCCAUCCUGACCAAUCAAAGAUGGCCCGUUGAUUCCGAAAAGCGACAGCUUCAGUGUCUCAAGCUCUUGCUCGAUGCCGGCGCCGAUCCAUUGGCCGUGAGCAAGACGAGCCACACGGCCUUGCAUUCCGCUUGCUUAGCAGGCGCCGUGGAGUGCGUGCGGCUUCUUCUCCAUCACUACAACGCGGAUGCAACAAUGGCGGCCAGUGACGAGCAGUACACGGGUGUCCCUGACACGGAAAAGAGAGACGGUCUUACGCCCCUACACGCGGCUGUCAGGUCAGGGAAGCUAGAAAUCGUCAAGAUGUUGGUCGCAAGAGGUGCCAGUGUCCAUGACACGUAUGCACGCGGCUGCACAGCCCUUCACGACGCCUGCGUACUAGAGAAGCCUGAGGAAAUUAUCGAGUUUCUGCUGUCGAAAGGGGUUCAAGUGUCGGAGUGCUUUUGGUACGGUAAGGAGCCAAUGGGGUAUGGCUGUGCGAGGGACUGGAAAUGGUCUCGUCGGGCAACAACGCCUCUUGAGAUCCUUCUUGAGCAGAGACAGGUUCCUCCAUCACGUCACGCGGUGGAACUACUUCUGGAUUGCAGUGACCAGAGCCAAAAACCCAUGAAUACUAUGCUCGUCAAGGCCUGCGAAAGAAAAUGUUUUGAAGCUGCCAGAGUUUUCCUAGAGCGAAAGACUACUCUGAAGCUCCUCCGGAGGAGCACAGAGGCAUACCUGCUCUUCAUGGCUGCUUGGAACGCGGAUCUCAAUAUGGUGAUGCUCCUCAUUGAGCAUGGCGCCGAUGUGAAUUUACGUACCAUUGAGGGGCUAUCCCCUCUUGCCACGGAGGGUCCUGCGCAUGCCGGCAUCAUCAAGUGCCUCCUCUCCGCGGGCGCAGACAUUGGAUGUGCCUGCGUGAGUCCCACGAGGUACAAGAGGGACGAAAAAGAGUUGCCUCAGUCGGUGCGUCACGAAAGCGCCAAGAAGCUGGCCAUGGGAACGCUGAGCCUGACACACGACAUGCGAGCCCUGGAGCUUCUUCUUGACAAGUUGGACAAGGUUCUUGGGCCCGAAGAUUGGAGAGACGUGCUCUUCGAGGCCGUCAAAAAACGUGCGAUCAACUUGAUCCGGCUCCUCGUCGAGCGAGGCCUAGCAACUAUUGACCAAAGAAAUCCAACCGACGAUACCACCGCGGGGGAAGCUUUAAUUAAAGGAUCAAAAUGGCCCGACGACGACGACUCGCUGGCCAUUGUUCGCUAUCUAAGGGGACAAGAAAGAGCUCGCCAGAUGUCUCCAACCAGGAACAGGGGCCCGAACGAAUGA